GUUUUAGUCUCUCUUCUACCCUUUUUUCUGACAGCAUCAAUCUGGGGAUCACAGCAUCAGAACUUUCAGCUUUAAUUUCUUUUCUUCUGCAUCUUCCUGAAAUGGAUCCACAGGACAAUAUCUGGUUGAGGCUCUCUUGCGUGCUUUAGAGGUUGUAGUGGCAAAGGAAGAGAGAGGGACAAGGCUCAUGAAAAAGCGCCUAAGGGCCGGUCAAGCUAAACUGAAAGCGAAGGAGGGAGAACUUUCGAUGCUUAGGACGGAGAAGGAUCGAGUGCUUGCGCUCAAAGAAGUCGGAGAAACACUGGUUGCUGAUUUCCUUGAAGCGGAUGGUAAGAAGAACUUUGCUGAUCAGAAAGCUAUGAUCAACAUUGGCGGCAGCGAUGGCGGCAAGGGUGCAGGAUUUGAUGGCGUUUACGGAAGGGGUAUUAACUAUCUUGAAAACUCUCAGAAUCUUGAUGAGAAAGCCAUGAUAGCAACCGUUAAAAGAACAAACAGCGACGGCAAUGGUAGCAGCCGCGGUGGUGGAAGCGGCGGGCGGCGGCAAGGGUGGAGGAUUUGAAGGCGUUGACGGAGGGGGUAUUAACGAUCUAGAAAACGCUCAGAAUCUUGAUGAGGAAGCCGUGAUAGCAACUGUUAAAGGAACAAACAGCGAUGGGAAUGGUAGCAACCACGGUUGUGGAGGCAGCGGCGGUUUCGGUGUUUAACCACCGUGAAUAGGGUGAUGGUCUAUCCCUUUACUUUUCCGUUAAGGAGAAACCUCGUUUCAAUUUGUUUACAACGUACUGCUUGUACUUUUGGUUUGUUUAAGAUACUGAAGGCAUGUUUUAUGUGUGUUAAUUAUUAAACCUAGUAGUUGCCACUGGAACCAUUUUGGGUGAUUAUCAGUAGUAGUAGUAGAAAGUUGGUGCUCGAAGAAAUGGGAUGGUGAUGGAUUGGAUUGUGUACUAAGCCAGCUGCAACCUCCAUUUUAAUUGAUUCUAGGAGAACUUAAAUGAGAUUGUUUUAGCUAAAUAUUUCAGUGGAAGUGAAGUACGUACUUGCUGUUGUGAUUU